AUGGAGCGGCAGGGUCAAGCAGAGGAGCUCACGGAAGGGGAAGGGCCUUCCCAAGGACUCAUGAAGAUCGUUUCAUGGAAUGUUAGGGGCUUAAAUGCCCCUAACAAGCAAAGGCUAGUCAAACGAUGUCUAUCCUCUUUUAGCCCUAAAUUAGUUUUGCUUCAAGAGACUAAAUUAGGAGAUGCAGAAUUAGCUUCCUUUGGUAAUCGUUUAGGCUUUAGGAAGAUUACAGGAACCCCAAGUAUUGGGGCCUCCAGAGGUCUAGCUAUUAUCUGGGAUCCUCAUAGUAUCCUUCUUUCUCCCCUAGUAUCUAAUCUUAAUUGGAUGAGUGGGAGGGUAACUUGUCUCAAGAACAAUCUAGACUUUGUCAUUGUAAAUAUGUAUGGGCCAAUCCUUAAUGAUGAUAAAAAAAGAGUCUGGGAGGAAAUUAAGAAUUUCACGAGCACCCUUAGUCAGGUAUGUUUUAUAGGUGGGGAUUUUAAUGCAAUUCUGCAUCAACAUGAGAAGCAGGGAGGCUCAAGCAAUAAUGCUUGGGCUUCUCUGGACUUUGCUGAUUGGAUCCAUAGGAGUGGUAUGCUAGAGAUCAAUAUGGUCAAGGAUGCCUUUACUUGGAAUAACUGGAGGUUAGGAUUUAGCAACAUUGCAGAGAAAAUGGAUAGGUUCUUUGUUUUGGGAAGCCUUAUCAACUUUCCCUUCACCCUGGAAGCCUCAAUUUUACCUUUUUCAAGAUCAGAUCACUUUCCCAUUUCACUAGACAUUCAGAGGGAAGCUAGCCCAAAGAGAUGUCCUUUUAAGUUUGAGAAUAUUUGGCUUAAGGAUGAUCACAUAUUGGAGCUCCUAAAAGAGUGGUGGAAUGGGGCCAUGGUCUUAGGGUCUGAGAAUUUUAAGGUUGUUAACAAACUUAAGAUUAUCAAGAAGAGUCUCAUUCAAUGGAAUAGGGAGCACUUUAGUGAUAUCUUCGAUAAGAAAGCUCAGGUGGAAGUUGAGUUGGCAAAAGUUAAUAAGCAAGUGAUGAGAUAUGGGAUGGAUGAGACUUUAUUUCUCAAAGAGAAGAAACUUAUGGCGGACCAUGAAUCUAUUCUUGCCAAAGAAGAAUUUUUCUGGAAACAAAAAUCUAGAGAGACUUGGCUGGAGGUGGGUGAUAAGAAUACCAAAUUUUUUCACAAUAGUGUAAGGAUGAGAAGAGUUAGAAACCAUAUCUCUAGAAUUAAGGUUAGUAAUGGCUCUGAGGUGGUUAAUCCUAUAAUCAUUGCGAAAGAGGUUGUUGAUUUCUUUUCCCUUAUCCUAAACUCAGAUUGGAGCCCUCACAACUUAGACCAAGACAUGUUUAUCAAGAGCAUCCCUAGGCUUUUGAACAAGGAACAUUUUGAUGUUCUAAAUGCCAAAUUUUCUCUAGCAGAAGUUGAAGCUGCUCUUAAGCAGAUGAGCCCAGAUAAUUCCCUUGGGCUGGAUGGCUUUCCUACUAGCUUCUUCCAACUGAAGGCUUUGCUGGUUAGGUUUGGCUUUGAAAUAGGUACUCAUUUGGCAGAAUUCGUAGCUUUCAGAGCAAUUUUCUUGUAA